GUUCAGUCUCGUCCGUUCGUUCGUCGUGUUUAGUCGCAAAAAGUGUUUACGGUGGAAAAUUGAUCCCGUUUUAUUUUUCAUUUCUUUUGUUGGGAGUUAUUUUUCGGUAUUUUUGAAUAACUUUUGUUGGAGCAUUGCUUGUGAAUAUUGUGUGUAAAGUUCUGAAUUAUAUACAUUGAAAAGUGCGAUAGAAGUUGUGUUUCAAUCCUUUUCCUUGGGCUCUCGAGUGCAUUUUCAUUGAGACGUCGCGACUGAAGAGGCGUGAGAAAAACAAAAAUAAUCGCUUCAGGCCAUAAAAGGUCCCCGGUGGAAAUCUGUCUUUCGUACAACGACAUUGAGAGUGUGUACUGAGUGAGAAAAAUCCACGGUGCCGGCAACAACACCCCGACGGAAAGAUAGAUCCCGUCAGCUUUGGUCAGCUCAUAGGGAGGAGGAGGACUGAUUUUUUAGUACAAACCAUACACUCACAAGAGGCAGCAGGAUGCCUGUGUUUCACACGAAAACGAUCGAAAGUAUCUUGGAGCCUGUUGCACAACAGGUCUCCCGGUUGGUAAUCCUUCACGAAGAAGCCGAAGAUGGCAAUGCCAUGCCCGAUCUUAGCCGGCCGGUACAGGCCGUGUCGCUGGCAGUCACCAACCUGGUCCGCGUUGGCCGCGAAACAAUACACAACUCUGACGACGACAUUCUCAAGCAGGACAUGCCCUCGGCCUUGGCUCGGGUGGAGAAUGCCGCACAGCUGCUCGAGGAAGCAUCGGGCAUGCUUAGGGUGGAUCCCUUUUCAGGACCGGCCCGCAAGAAGCUGAUCGAAGGUUCGCGAGGUAUUUUGCAGGGAACGUCAUCGCUGUUGCUGUGCUUCGAUGAGUCGGAGGUGCGCAAAAUCAUCCGGGAGUGCAAGAGGGUGCUGGAUUAUUUGGCCGUAUCGGAGGUGAUCGAUACCAUGGAGGAUUUGGUACAGUUUUUGAAGGAUUUGAGUCCGUGUCUCAGUAAAGUAUCGAGGGAGGUCGGAGCUCGCGAAAAGGAAUUGACUCACCAGGUGCACAGUGAGAUUUUGGUACGGUGUUUGGAGCAGGUUAAAAUACUGGCGCCGAUUUUAAUUUGCAGUAUGAAGGUUUUCAUACUUAUUGCGGAGCAGAAUGGGAAGGGUUCGGGCGAAGCGGCUGAAAACAGAAACUAUUUGGCCUCCAGGAUGAGUGAGGAGAUUCAGGAAAUUAUCCGUGUGUUGCAAUUGACGACUUACGAUGAGGAUCAAAGUGAGCUGGACAACUUGACGGUGUUGAAGAAGAUUCACAACGCGAUUAACAAUAAGAUGGAGGCGGCCAAUGAUUGGUUGAAGAAUCCGUAUGCGCUAAGAGGUGGAGUCGGAGAGAAGGCUUUACGCCAAAUUGUGGAUAAUGGCUUGAAGGUUUCGGAUCGUUGCCUACCGCAGGAUUCGCACAUCAUCCGCAAGUUAGCAGGAGAUAUCACAGCCAUGACCAAUACUUUGUGUGACCUUCGACAGGAUGGUAAAGGAACCACUCCACAUGCUGAUGCAAUUGCUCGGGAUGUCCGCGAUAAGCUGGGAAAUUUGGAGCAAUCUGUGUUGAAUGCGAUUAUGGGAGUGGACAAAGCAGGACUUCAACAGACUGCUCAUACUGUUCAGGGCCGUCUGGAACAAGCUUGUCGUUGGUUACAGAAUCCAGGUCAGGACGAUCGCGGACUUGGUCAACGAGCUGUUGCAUUGAUUGUUGAUGAAGGUCGCAAGGUAGCGGAAGGACUUGGAGGGCAUCAGAAAGCAGAAGUUAUGCAACUCUGCGAUGAAGUUGAGCAGCUAUCACACGACUUUUCUCAGAUGUGCGCUAAUGGCUUAGGCCAUACUGCCCAGGCUCAGGAGGUGUCCCGUCGUUUGAAUGAAAAGCUGCAUGGUUUGAAAAAGCAGAUUCAGGAUGCGGUUGUGAGUCGUGUUGUUGAAGACUUUAUUGACAUCUCGUCUCCGCUGAAACAGUUCAUGGAGGCAGUUGCUAUGCCAGAGGGAACUCCCGGCAGGGAACAGAACUUCAACCAAAAAUCUAACAAACUACAAAACUUUAGCGAUCGCGCAUCAAAAACUAGUCGCAUGGUUGCUGCUGGUGGAUCUGGAGGCAACAAAAAACUCGCUGAAGUUCUUUUGUCAUCUGCUUCGCAGAUCGACAGCCUCACUCCACAGUUGGUCUCGGCUGGUAGAAUUCGUAUGAACUAUCCAACGAGCAAAGCUGCUGAAGAGCAUCUUAACAAUUUGAAACAACAGUACGCUGAUACGAUCCUGCGAAUGAGAACCCUCUGUGAUCAGGCCACGAAUCCCUUAGACUUUAUCGAAGCCUCCGAAAGACAAAUGCAGAAGCAUUCGAUUCUUUGCGAUGAGGCUAUUCGGAUGAAGCAGCCGCAGAAAAUGGUUGACAACACGUCUAGUGAGGCUCGUUUGGCCAAUCGGGUACUUCUGGUGGCUAAGCAAGAGGCCGAUAAUUCGGAAGACCCUGAAUUCAUCACAAACGUCAACGAUGCUUCCGACAGACUGCAGGCAUCCAUUUCUCCAAUGGUUCAGGAGGCCAAAAAUGUUUCGACAAACAUUGCCGACCCCAUUCAUGCAUCCAACUGGAGGGAAGCCAAUAAGCACCUGCUGCAAAAUGUGCGCAAUAUUCGUAGUGCCAUCAAUAAUGUUCCUGAAGUACCGGAAAUGCCGGACUUGUCUGCCUUGCAUCUCAACCAACAGCAGCAUCAACCACAUCAAGAAGCGGCUCCUCCACGUCCACCACUGCCACGGGAAAACAUUCCUCCAGUACGUCCCCCGCCACCGGAGACCGAUGACGAAGACGAACUUUUCCAGGGAAUGCCGAAUGCCAACCAGCCCAUCCUUAUGGCCGCACACGGACUGCACCAGGAAGUACGUCAGUGGUCGUCCAAGGAUAACGAAAUCAUUGCUGCGGCCAAACGAAUGGCGGUGCUCAUGGCGCGGCUCUCUGAACUUGUGCGAGCCGAUUCCAAGGGUAGCAAACGUGAGCUGAUUGCCACGGCCAAAAAGAUUGCCGAAGCAUCGGAGGAUGUUACCCGGUUGGCGAAGAUUUUGGCCCGGCAGUGUACGGACAAACGAAUCCGGACUAAUUUGCUGCAGGUUUGCGAGCGGAUACCGACAAUCGGUACGCAGUUGAAGAUCCUAUCCACCGUUAAGGCAACCAUGUUGGGGGCGCAGGGCUCCGAUGAGGACCGAGAGGCGACUGACAUGUUGGUCGGCAAUGCACAGAACCUGAUGCAGAGUGUCAAGGAAACGGUGCGUGCUGCGGAAGGUGCCAGCAUCAAGAUCCGCUCCGAUCAGACCAACCAUCGGUUGCGUUGGGUUCGCCGACAGCCUUGGUACCAGUACUAAAGUUCAGCGCUUCCGUUGACACUAGAAAGGAAAGCACAAAACGCUACGAACAGCAGUGGUCGGAACGGACUAUAACAACGAUUAGGAUUUUCGGUUUUGCGCGAAUGUGUCUUAUGUUAGGAUUUGCUUUGCAAAUUAGCAAGUUUCGUAGGAUUGUGACGCAACGAUUUUAGAUCUUUACGUAUGAUAAUUCGUAUUUAUUAAAUUUUAUAGAUUGUUAGGUCCGCUGUUGCGGCAAAAUUCAAGUACUAAUAACGCUAGUUGUGAACGAAAACUAAUCUUAUUUUGGCAGUAAAAGUCAAGUAAAACAACCAUUAGGUAAUGGACAUUUCUAAACUCGUUCGAAGAGUAUUUUACAAACGCGAGGAAUAAUCGAAAAAACGUUGCCAAAAAUGUUUGAAAAUAACUAAAUACUUAGUAUAGGGAAAGCGAAACAAAGCUAUCGUUGUACCGUGAGUGAAUUUUAUCGGGAAAAUUGUUAGAACAAAAUUUUUGAUACAAAGUAACAGAUUGAAGGAAGA